AGUCGUGGUUCUAGAAUAUCUGGCAACUCCGCUCCCCGUGUCCGAACCGCAUGGCCGUAUUGUUGUUGUUGUAGUUAUUGUUGUAGUCAGCUGACCGCCACCACGUCGUCUGCAUGUCGGUCCCACGAAGGGUUGUCAAGCUAGUUAGAUAAAACAAAAAUGAGGCUUCAACAGUAGGCUAAGAUUGACAACCAUUAUAGUGACUGACAGUGGACCUAUUACCAUUUCCCACCAAAGGCUCCAGCUGACGGCUAAAGGACCACCAGGCAUUAGAUACCAGCGGAAAAAGUCCUCAGUUCAGUGCAUCAUGGAUAACCCUGUAUUGUUCAAGGGCAAGAAAGACAGAUUUUCUGGGAUAACUGUUUUAUCUGAAGAUGAACCAACAACAGCACAAGAAUUUGAAACAGUUUUACAAGCAUCUUUAAGCCACUGGGCAAAGGAAAAGAUCAGAGGUGUGUGGUUUCGCGUUCAUCUUCAGAAUGCUGAAUGGGUUCCAAUACUUGCAAAGCAUGGUUUUACAUAUCAUCAUGCUCAGCCACAAUUUGUCAUGAUGGUGAAAUGGUUGGCUGUUAAUGAACCAAAUAACAUACCCAGAUAUGCACAUAAUGUAAUAGGAGUUGGCGCAUUUGUUGUGAAUGAUGAUGAUGAAUUGCUUGUCGUGCGAGAGAGAUUUCACACAAGACCUCACUGGAAGCUACCUGGUGGUUACGUUGAACCAGGUGAGGACUUGAGCACAGCUGCCAUCAGGGAAGUUAAAGAAGAGACUGGAAUAGAAGCCGACUUCAUGUCUUUGGUGUCCUUCCGCCAUGUGCAUGGUGCCAACUUCAACUGUUCCGAUAUCUAUUUCAUUGUCCAUAUGCGUCCGAAAAGUAAAAAUAUUACAAUGUGUGAGAGAGAAUUGGCAGCAUGUGAAUGGAUGAAGCUGGAGGAGUAUAUCAACCAUCCAUAUGUCCAUGAAACAAAUAGGUUCUUUGCGGAGCGUUUCCUAGAAUGCCGCAAAAAUGGAAUUCAGAUUGAGGCCAGCAACAUCUUCAGUGGAGCUUUUAAGAAGAACCAGGUUAUUUAUAGUAUCAAUUUCCAAAAUGCUCAGUCAUCAGAUGGAAAGAAUGACCAGGAAAACACAAGCUGUUCAGAUGUGGUUAAUGGUGGUCCAAAGAUAUAGUUUGCGAGAAAUUUCAGCAUGAUUUUUAUGAUUUUUAUCGAAGUUUAUGAAAUGUUGUAUUUAAUGUACCUUAUUCUGUUAUUAUUUUAUUUAUGGUUUUAUGAUAUUUAUUAUUUUUCAAUAAAUUUCUAUAUCCACAAGGUUUUCUAUAUUAUAUGUUGAUAUGUACAUAAAAUUUUCAGAUUUAAAAACAUGAGUGCAUAGGACAAUAUGUACUUUUUUAGUGAAAAUUGAUUUGUUUUUAUAUUCCCUCAUGAUCAUUACAUUAAUUUUAAUCCAUUUCUAUUUAGACUGAAUGUGCCUCAUCAAAGGUAAUGAACCGUCAAUGAAUGGUAUUAGUGACUGGUGCUUACGUCCUUCUGCAAUCUGACAUUACACUGGUUGUACAUACACUGUUUUUUAUUUGAAAAAUAGAUUGCAUGUUUUAUUUAGUUACUUAGAAAUGACACUGGUAUGUUGUAGAGAUUGAUGGAUGGUUUAAGAUUGUUAAUAAGUGAACUGACAAUAAUAUCUUUGAGAUGCACAUAUUGCAGAAAUAAUUUGUUACACUCAUGUUGGUGAUGCAUGAAAACGUUUAUAGUUUGUGCAUAUGUGUAUUUGUGUGCCCAUGUGUCUCUGUGUGUGUAUGUGUGCAUGUACGCAUGCAUUGGUGUAUGUGUUUGUGAGAGAAACAAAGAGACCGAGUGAGAGUGACACCAUGUGUUUGGACAUACAUGACUUUGUGCCAUCAACUUAACUACCUAAAUUAUGCACAAAUAUAGGAAAAAUAUUACUGUAUAUAUGAAGCGACAUCAGUUCAUUUAAUUUAUUUGAUAAUUCAUGUAUCAGUAAUUGUAUUGACAGUCAGAAUAUUCGUGAAUAAUGUCUGUGUUAUGUAUAUACUGAAGUAUAUUUUUAGUAUAUGACUUAUGGGGCAAAUGUGUAAAAUUGUAUAAAUAUUUAUGAAUGUAAAAAUGUUUGUGCAGCAACCAAGUAGUUUUCAAUCUCUUUGUUAUUUAAUGAAUGAAAAAUAAUCUUUAAAAAUUAUGAUUUUCAUUCUCAUAAUUUUUCAGUGAAUUACAAAAGUAAACAGUAUAUAUUGUGUAUGAUUAAAGCUACAUGUACAAUAA